AUAGGAGUUCCCACACUGUGGUAUUGCAUUGUCCCGUUCCUUGGUGUCAGGUCGUUGCGGCCUUUGAUUUUGGCCUUGUAAUUCUCUGGAAACUGAAUGCAAAUUGUGCCCAGUUACUGACACGUAACCUCCCUCGAGACCAUGCAUGCAGUUUCCAAAUUGCCCCUCAGUCUGCAGACCGGCAUUGGAGUGAGCACAUCACUACCAUUUUACUUGGCUCAUGUCAAUUUCGAUCUUUGCCACACAAGUACUUGAUCUGCUGUAGACUUGCUGGUGAAUAUGGCUGGUAGACUAUCGGGAAUCAGAUUGGCAAAAUUUGCAGCCACAUCAUUGCGAGUUUGUCGUCCUUUCCCUCUGGUACAUACAGCAGGAACUGUAUUCCGUCCAACGACGCCGCAGAAAAGUACGCCGAGUCGAGGAGGUCCGAGGAAGUACUUCUCAGCAAAGUCGGAGCACGCAGUCUUUGCCCCGCCCAUAUCACUGGAGGACCAUGCCGGUACCCACAAUCAAGCCAAGAUGGCAAGUGAUGUUUGGAUGGAUGUGGAAAACAAGCAGCUCAUCGUUUCUUGGAAGGGAGGCCGGAGUCAGGCUUUCCCGUUUGUCUGGCUCCGAGACAACUGCCGCUGCCCGCGUUGCUUCCAUCCCACAGCCAUAUCUCGCAAGACUUCCGCCUGCGAGCUCAAUGUUGAUAUCACUGCUAAAUCGGUUGAAAUGUCUCCCUACUCUGAUGGCGUCAUCAUCCACUGGGAAGACGGACACAAGAGCCAGUUCCCCUUUCAUUGGCUGAGGGCAUACUGCUUUGUCGACUCCAAGCAAGACCAAUAUCUGGAUCUCAAGUUCGACUUUUGGGGCCCCGAUAUCGAUCUUCAGAGCUUCAACUUCGAUGACGUGCUUAGGGACGACCGAGCCUUGUACAACUGGCUGGUUGAGCUGGUGAUUCGAGGCAUUGCGGUGGUAAAGAACGCUCCGUCCGAGGUGGGUCAGCUUCACAGUCUUGGGGGACGAGUGUCCUUCCUACGGCCUUCCAACUACGGACCAACUUUCCACGUCAAGAGCAAAGAAGACCCGAAUAAUGUAGCUUACACAAGUGGUGCCUUGUCUUUACACACGGACAUGUCAUAUUAUAUUCAGCAACCAGGGUUCCAAAUGCUGCACUGCAUAGAACAAGCGGACGGUACUGGCGGCGAGAGUCUCUUCUGUGAUGGCUUCAAGGUUGCCAUGGAUCUGAAGAAAGAUGACCCAGAGGCCUUUCGACUUCUGUCCACCAUUCCGUUCGAAUUUUCUGACGUGGGCACAGAUUACUACGGCAGCUUCCACCAGUACUCCCGGCAUCCGACUAUUAAACUGGACGAACGCGGGGAAGUCGUGUCGGUGACUUUGAGCGACCACGGCCGAGACCCAAUGCUGAGGGCUCCUCUCCACCAGGUCCAGCCGCUCUAUCGAGCUUUGAAUAAGUACUGCAACAUGCUUCUCGACCCGCAAAAUGUCUUCAAAUACAAAAUGGAGAGAGGGGAUAUCAUGACUUUCAACAGCCGGCGUGUUGUGCACGGCCGAAGCUCUUUCAGAGUGACUCAGGCUAGUGGUCGCCAUCUUGAAGGGGGUUACCUCGAAUGGGAUGAGAUCAAUUCACGUCUACGUGUCCUGGCAGCACAGCUCAACUCAAAGUCUGGUGAAUGAGAAGCAGGAAGUUGGGGUGAAAAGGUUCACGUACGUGCUUGUGUUUUAUUCUGCCUUAAGUGACGAAGAUGAAGAACACGUCCACCAGAGUCUUCGACUGGCGUGAGACUAAGAGUAUCUAGACGUGCAGUGCAUGAUUUAAAUGAUAAAAGAUACAAAAGAGUGAAUUUCCAACGGAUAAAUAACAUGUAAAUAAACCACGAAUAUCAAUGUCACUAUAGCUUGGUACAAACUAUGAUACUUCGGGAUUGACCCUGCCACCAUCAUUAAUCACGGUCACAGUCAGCAUGCUGCUGAUGAGUGCUCAGUUGUCCCCCCUCCCGAAAAUAGUGAUAUUGGCUCUCGUGUGGCGAUGGCAGCAGAGCCUGACACCCGUUUCAGAAACGAGUUCUAGAAUUAAGAGUGUCUUUGGUAGACCCAAUUAAAUUUGGCCACAGGUUUGAGACACACGAACUCAAUACAUUUGCAUCAUUACAGGACGGAGCCCAAUCUAGUGUUACGGUCUGGAGCCCCAAAUGCUUGUGUUUUUAUUUUUUUUUUAUUACACUUGCUCAAGAGAUCCUUGGUAUGGUGACCUCUUGCCCGGCUGCAGUAACCUCGGGCGCCGUUCAUGUAUACUGUGCAUGUAGUUAAAGCUCCGGCGUACAGUUUAUCUUGACCCUCUAUACCAUGGAAAAAAACUGUGUUUGCAUUUUGACGCAAAAAAAAUGAUUCUGGUAUUCGCUUGUACAGUGUAUGAGAAAGUGUAUUGAUAUUGUUGCAGCAAGUGCCAAAUAGGACUGGAGUGGAGACUUUGAAGAGCGCCCUCUUCAAAGCUGCUUGUUCUCAGCUACGUUUUUCCGAGACAGUUUUGCCGAGUUUUGUGACAAAACACAACAGAUAUUCCAACUGGAAAAACAGUCUAGUGUAAUUAUACAUUUUGUUAGGAUUUCCCUGCACGUUUGGUCACAUUUACAGAUUUUCCAUAGAAUGAACGGCUGGCUGACUGUAUUUUGAAGCUUUACAAAGAGGAUCGGUUGGUAAGGGUUUAUAUCUUUAUCAAUCAUAGGUUAGCUUUGGGGUUAAACUCUGUAUAAACUGAAAACUAUUGUAGGCUUAAUUCUGCAACAGCAAUUGAUGUGGUUGAAUUUAUUUCUUUUGCCAUAGGUUUCUUUUUUUAACAUGUAAAAUAAGCCACCGUCAUUGACCGUAACCACUGCAUGUAGAACAAGGAAUAAACUUCGGUGAUCAGUGCGAGCAACCCAAA